AUGCUGGAGGGCCGCGGCGUCGUCGAGUGCGCGGUCCGAGCAGCCUUCGUGGCGCGCCGUGUGCAGAAAGGCGAGUACGUCAAAAUGUCCGUUCGAAGCGGCUCCGUCCAUGGCGCGGACGAUGCAGCCUUCGUGUCGAUACUGUUGCUUCGGUCGGGCCUUGUGCAGGAGCCGCGCGCCGUGUCCCAAGGUGAAGCGCUCGAGGUAGGCUCGGAGCACGCCAUCGACGCCAUCGACGCCAUCCUGGAAGCUCAAGAUGACCGACGCCAGCGCCGACGACCUGUCGACACCGUUGGUGUGCGGUUGAUUGUGACCUGGCUCGAUAUGUUCAACGCGUUUUUCUAG